AUGUAAUAUGAAAUUGACAAAUUAAACUAAAAAAGUUAAGAAUCAUAAAGUAUUCUAAUUUAUUUAUAGUUUAAGAUCUGAUUUAAGAAUUAUAAAAUGAAAUUCAAUCAUAAAUAGAAUAGAAUUGCUAUCAUUAAGAAGUAGCAUCAAAAUACUACAAAAGAUUUAAUUGGAUAUUACUUCAUAAUAAUUUAAUGAAAAUUCCGAAUUGAAUCAAGAAUUAUAAAUUACUUUAGAUAGUUUGAAUAAGAAUAAUGAAAAUAAAUCUUAGUAAUUAAGCAAAUUUUAAAUUGAAUUAGAAUAACUAUAAUAUGAAAAUGAUAUUACUGAACAAAACUAAGAAAUUGAAUAGUUAAAUAAUUAAAUUGAAUAACUUACUGAAUUAUUUGAGUAAAGAUCAAAUGAAAUUGAUGAUGCUACAUAAUUUAGAGGAGAAUUAGCAUUAAAAAAUAAUGAAAAAAAUGUAUAUUAUUUAGUUUAAUCAUAGUUAUUGAUCUAAAGAUUACAAAACAAGUUAGAAUCUUAAAAGUAAAAAUUAUUUGAACUUCAAAAAUAACAUUAAAUUUAAGGAUAAGUAAAAGAGGAAAUAUGUAAAUCACAAUUCGAAUAAAUGAAAAGACAGAUGGAAUCAGAAAUUGAAUUAUUGGAAACAUAAAAUAAAACCAUAUUGUAUUAAUUAUAGAUGAAAUCAAGAGAAGAAUGGAAGAAGUAGUAUAGUAAAACUUUCUGA